AUGUCGUACAUCUUCCACAUUUACACAACGGCUGGCAAGUUGCCCAAAGCAAUCCUGUCAGAGGAAGACGAGUCAUUCUCCGUUGAUGAAAAAAUCUAUAUAAAGGGAUUAUUUGGCAACUUCCAGUACGGUCACGUUGGAUCCAACAUGCAGAAGAGGGACGAAACACGAAACAACAACAAGAUAAACUGGCCUAUUGAAAACAAGCAGGAAAUGAUUGAUUCAUCGAGCGGUAAAGACUGUAUUGGCUGUGCUAAGACAGGAUCAGGGAAAACAGCUGCGUUUGCCCUUCCCAUUCUUGAUAUAUUGAGUAUUGAUGGAUCCAUUUGGGAGAUGUGCCUAGUUCUUACUCCUACAAGGAAUGGACAUGUUAACACAGAGUAUGGAACUGUCCAGAUCACCUCACAUCGUCAUAGCAACACCAGGCAGACUUGCGGAUCACUCAACUCGGGAGAUGGUCUCAAGUUGGGCAAAGUCAAGUUCUCGACGAAGCUGAUCGGUUACUGGAACCCAUGUUUUGAAUCAGAUCUGGGCACCAUAUUCGGCUCUCUUCCCCAAAAGAGACAAACCCUCCUGUUCAGUGCAACUCUGACUGAUACGAUAGAACAGUUGAAAUCCAUGUCUGCUACUGCCCCACACGUGUACCUGUGGACCUUACUGAUAUCGCUACUGUGA